AUGAACGCCUUUGGACAGCAGCCUCCUCCUAAUCCUCAACCUUCCCCUCUCCAACACCCCAACGCGCAGGAUAUCCUGGACAUGGCCGUGUACUGCGACAACUUCAGUGUGUAUCCGCAAAACCUCCACCAUCACCAUCCUCAGAGACCCUCUCCCCACCCACCGAGCUAUGGGCUGACUGACUACACCUCGCCGACCACCAACCCUUACCUCUGGCUCAAUGGACCGGCGAUUAACUCCUCUCCUUACCUUCCCGGGACCAAUGGGGCGGCUUACAUCCCAUCGGGUUACGGGACGAGCCAGCGGCAGUUCCUGCCGCCUCCCUCGGGCUACGGCGGGGCUGAGUUGGGCUGGCUGUCCCUCCCCAGCCAGCAGGAACUUUUUAAAAUGGUUCGCCCCCCCUACUCGUACUCCGCGCUGAUCGCCAUGGCGAUCCAGAACGCCUCGGACAAGAAGCUGACCCUCAGUCAGAUUUAUCAGUAUGUGGCUGAGAACUUCCCUUUCUACAAGAAGAGUAAAGCGGGCUGGCAGAACUCCAUCCGGCACAACCUAUCCCUCAACGACUGUUUCAAGAAAGUGCCCAGGGACGAGGACGAUCCAGGUAAAGGCAACUACUGGACUCUAGAUCCCAAUUGUGAGAAAAUGUUUGACAAUGGCAAUUUCAGGAGGAAAAGAAAGCGCAGGUCGGAGACUCCGGGGCCCAGUGGCCAUGGGCUGGGUGACAAGACUGAGGAGACAAAUAUUAAAGCUUCAGACUCAGCCGGUGUCCUGGGUUCGGCUUCUCCUGGGCUGGAGAACGUCCCUGGGGCUGCAGGUGAUUCCAAAGCGGCGCCUUCACCAACCUUGCAAUCCAACCCCUGUUUCACCAACUUUGUGUCUAACAUGAGUUCCAUGAUCAACGGCGGCAAUGGGACGAACAGGCCGAUAUCCUCGGGGGCAUUGGUGGGAGAUUUACCACAAGGUAGACAAAAUCUUCCCGGACUCAACUCUUACUCACCUUCGCAUAACUCAAUGCAUAACACAGUCGACUUUCACAAUCGAUUGAACUAUUAUCAGUCUACUGUUUCAGGUCAACAAAGUGGACUGAGCGGCCCCUUGUGCAACAACUUCAGCGUCAAUAACCUGAUUCACAGCAGAGAAGGCCCAGAGGUUUAA